CGCGCCGGGCGACCCCGCGAUCACGUGCUCCCCCAUUCCCUCUCGCCGAGCGUGCAUUCUGCCUUGGGGACGGCCGAGCCAUGGCAGCCCUGCUGAGAUCCGCCCGCUGGCUCCUCCGGGCCGGGGCGGCCCCGCGCCUCCCGCUAUCCCUGCGCCUCCUGCCGGGUGGCGCGAGCCGGCUGCACGCCGCCCCUUUUCUGCCCGCGGCCCGCGCCGGGCCGGUCGCCGGAGGGCUGCUGAGCCAAGCCAGGCUAUAUGCCAUUGCUGUUGAGAAAAAGAAUUAUCUUCAAGAGGAGCCCUCCUCUCAUAGAAAGAAUGCCAGUCAAUUUGACUGGGCUCUAAUGAGACUGGAUAAUUCUGUCCGAAGAACUGGCCGCAUCCCAAAGACUCUUCUACAAAAAGUCUUUGAUAACACCUGUCACUCAGGGAGCCCAGGUGGUAAUCAAGCCUUGCUUCUCCUGCGCAGCUGUGGUUCUCUCUUGCCUGAACUACAGUUAUCAGAGAGAACCGAAUUUGCUCAUAGGAUAUGGGACAAACUUCAGAAAUUGGGUACUGUGUAUGAUGUAAGUCAUUAUAAUGCUUUACUUAAAGUCUAUCUUCAAAAUGAAUAUAAAUUUUCACCAACUGACUUCUUGGCAAAAAUGGAGGAAGCAAACAUUCAACCAAAUCGAGUGACAUACCAGAGGUUGAUCGCAGCUUAUUGUAAUGUAGGAGAUAUUGAAGGUGCCAGCAAGAUUCUUGGAUUUAUGAAAACUAAGGACCUGCCAAUCACGGAGGCAGUUUUCAGCGCUCUUGUUACAGGGCAUGCAAGAGCCGGAGAUAUAGAGAAUGCAGAAAAUAUUCUCACAGUGAUGAGAGAGGCUGGAAUUGAGCCUGGUCCAGACACAUACUUAGCAUUAUUGAAUGCAUAUGCUGAAAAGGGUGACAUUGAUCAUGUUAAGCAGACUCUGGAGAAGGUGAAGAAGUCUGAUCUUUACCUUAUGGACCGUGAUUUAUUGCAAAUUAUUUUUAGUUUCAGUAAAGCUGGGUAUUCUCAAUAUGUCCCAGAAAUUUUGGAAAAAAUUACAUAUGAAAGAAGAUAUAUUCCAGAUGCAAUGAACCUCAUUCUGCUUUUAGUCACUGAAAAAUUGGAAGAUACAGCAUUCCAAAUUUUAUUAGCAUGUCCUGUAUCAAGGGAAGACAAUCUGAAUGACUUUGGCAGUUUCUUUUUACGACACUGUGUGACUAUGAAUACGCCUGCAGAGAAGCUGAAAGAUUACUGCAAGCAGUUAAAGGAAUCCCAGAUGCAUACAUCUCCUUUGCAGUUCACACUCCACUGCGCAUUACAAGCCAAUAAAACUGAUUUGGCAAAAGCUCUAAUGAAGGCUCUGAAGGAAGAAGGUUUUCCUGUCAGAACUCAUUAUUUCUGGCCAUUGCUAGCUGGACAUCAGAAGGAGAAAAAUGUUCAAGGUAUAAUUGAAGUUCUCAAAGCAAUGAAUGAAGUGGGAGUAAAUCCUGAUCAGGAGACCUAUAUAAAUUACGUGUUUCCAUCCUUUGAUAGCGUGAGGUCAGUUCGUGGGGUUUUGCAGGAAAAUGGAUGUCUACCUGAAAAUAAUGUAUUUUCACAAGCUGAAUUCAGAAGUGAAGCAGUUACUGGGAAUUUAUCCUAUGUUUUAUCAUUUUUGGAAUCGAAUACAUUGCCUUUCUCAUUUGCUUCUUUGAGAGGCAGCCUAAUUCUAGGCUUUAGGAGGUCUAUGGAUAUAAAUCUUUGGAGCAAGAUAACAGAACUGUUGUACAAGGAUGGACGUUAUUGCCAGGAGCCUCCAGGACCAACGGAAGCUGUUGGCUAUUUUCUUUAUAACUUGAUUGACAGCAUGAGUGACUCAGAGGUACAGGCCAAGGAGGAGCGUUUGAGACAAUACUUCCAUCAGCUGAAGGAGAUGAAUGUAAAAAUUCCUGAAAAUAUCUACAGAGGCAUUCGUAAUCUACUGGAUAGCUACCACGUUCCUGAAUUGAUUAAGGAUGUUAAUAUGUUGGUUGACAGAGAGAAGAUAGACUCUCGAAAAACUACGCAGCUUACAUCAUCUGUUUUGGAGUCUACACUUGAAAAACUAAAAGCUGAAAAUCAACCUAUAGGAGAUGUCCUAAAACAACUCAUACUAGUGCUUUGUUCAGAAGAGAACAUGCAAAAAGCUCUUGAAUUGAAAGCAAAAUAUGAAUCGGACAUGGUUGUUGGUGGCUAUGCAGCUUUAAUAAAUUUGUGCUGUCGACAUGAUAAUGCAGAAGAUGCAUUGAACCUGAAACAAGAAUUUGACCGUUUAGAUCCAUCUGCUGUCCUUGACACCAGCAAGUAUGUAGGCCUUGUAAAAGUAUUGGGAAAACAUGGCAAGCUCCAAGAUGCUAUUAACAUUCUAAAGGAGAUGAAAGAGAAGGAUGUUCUUAUCAAAGAUGCAACAGUCUUGUCCUUUUUCCACAUCCUGAAUGGCGCAGCUUUAAGAGGUGAAACUGAAACAGUAAAACAGUUGCACAAAGCCAUCAUGACUCUGGGGUUAGCGAAACCAUCCACUGCCUUAAGUUCCCCACUGGUCACUCUGUAUCUGGAAAAGGAUGACUUAAGUGCUGCUCUUGAAGUCACCAUUGACUGCUAUGAAAAGUAUAAAGUAUUACCAAGGAUUCAUGAUGUCUUAUGUAAACUAGUAGAGAAAGGCGAGACUGAUCUAAUUCAGAAAGCAAUGAACUUUGUGAGCCAAGAACAAGGUGAAAUGACAAUGCUGUAUGAUCUCUUUUUUGCCUUCCUACAAACAGGAAAUUACAAAGAGGCCAAGAAGAUCAUUGAGACUCCAGGCAUUAGAGCUCGAUCUUCAAGACUUCAGUGGUUUUGUGAUAGAUGCAUUUCAAGUAAUCAGGUUGAAACUCUAGAAAAAUUAGUGGAGCUAACGCAGAAGCUAUUUGAAUGUGACAGAGACCAGCUGUACUACAGUCUGCUAAAACUAUACAAAAUAAAUGGUGACUGGCAAAGAGCUGAUGCUGUCUGGAAUAAAAUGCAAGAAGAAAAUAUUAUUCCUCGUGCAAAGACCUUAAGAUUAUUAGCAGAAAUCCUUAGAAACAAUAAUCAGGAGGUUCCAUUUGAUGUACCUGAGUUGUGGUAUGAGGAUGAAAAGCAUUCCCUGAGUUCACCACCACCUUCACGUGAAGAAGCAAAUAUCCAGAAAGAUCUGUUCAAUGCCUGCCAACGAAAGAAAAGCAAAGAUGCAUAUAGUAUUUUCCUGAAAGCACACAAGCAAAACAUUGUGCUGAACAAUGAAACUUAUGGCAGUCUUAUAAAAUUACUUUUGGAGAAGGAUAGCUUCUUACAAGCAAUGCAAGUGAAAGAUGUCGCUGAGACCCACAUCAAGGGCUUCACACUGAACGAUGCUGCCAACAGCCUCCUCAUCAUAACGCAAGUUAGGCGGGAUUAUUUGAAAGAGGCUCUAAAAACGCUAAAAACCGCCUUAGAUCUGGAGCAAACACCUUCUAGGAUAGCAGUGACCCGCCUUAUUCAGGCAUGUGCCUUGAAGGGUGAUGUAGAAAGUAUACAGGAGAUUCAGAAGAUGGUAAAUGGACUUGAAGAUUCAAUUGGACUUUCAAAUAUGGUUUUCAUCAAUAACACUGCUUUGGCACAAAUAAAGAACAAUAACAUAGAUGUUGCAAUUGAAAACAUUGAAAAUAUGCUUACUUCUGGAAAUGAAACCGUGAAACCCCAGUACUUUGGCUUGACAUACUUAUUCAGAAAAGUAAUAGAGGAGCAGUUGGAACCAGCAGUUGAAAAGAUAAGCAUCAUGGCAGAGAGACUGGCCAAUCAGUUUGCAGUUUACAAACCUGUCACUGAUCUUUUCCUUCAGCUUCUGGAUUCAGGCAAAGUGGAUGACGCCAGAGCUCUCCUACAGAGAUGCGGCGCGAUUGCUGAACAAACUGCAAUUUUCUUGGUGUUCUGCGUUAGGAGUUCUCGGAAACCAGGAAAGGCAUCAACUCUGAAAUCUUUGUUAGAAUUGAUUCCUGAAUUAAUUGAAAAGGAAGAAGCAUACACUUCUAUCAUGAAAAGCUAUGUCUUAGACAAGGAUGCUGCGUCUGCUAAAGCACUGUAUGAAAAUUUGACUGCAAGGAAUAUAAAAUUGAAUGAUCUGUUUCUAAAGCGUUAUGCAGUUUUGCUGAGGAAUGCUGGUGAGCCUGUCCCUUUCACUGAACCCCCUGAAAGCUUCGAAUUUUAUGCAAAGCAGCUAAAGGAAUCAAGGGGAAAUCCUCUGUGAAAUAAGCAGUCACUACUUUAUUUUGUGUGUAUUUGUGGUUCAGUGUCUAAAAUGUUAUUUUUUAAAUAUAUUUGAGAGGACAGAAUAAAUAAAUGAAAAGUUA